AUGGAAGUUUUUGUCCGUGGAAUCCCUAUGCAGCUGAGUCGAGAUGGAUUCAAGCGGGAAUUUGAUCCGAUCAUGGAGCGCUUGCAGAUUAUGGACUUCAUGUGCGAUAAACCCAAAGCAAGGUACUUUGGCUUCAUAACCUUUCUUCGUGAGGAUGACGGAAACAGGUUCCUUGCGGCACACGGUCAGGAAGAGACCCCGACUCCGCUUCUUGGACGACCGCGAGUCAGGCCAAGGCUAUCGAUUAUGGGAGUGGAUAUCUUUUGCAAGCUAGGCGACCGCCAUCCAAACCCUUUGGUUAUUCGAGCCCUAGAGCACCAAGCAGAGCAGAGGAGGAAGCGCCUGGGAAUAAAGCCGGAGACAAUUAUUUCCUUCCACAUGACGACGUUGAGCUGUGGACGCUGCGAUUUUGCCGAUCGCGAACUGGUAUACACCCCCGAAGAGUCCUGGACGACAGAAGGUGUCAUACGAUUCAGAAAACGAGACAUUGUGGUCAAGACGGAGUCGCGAGUCAUCAGAAUGCCGUUGAUCACCGUGGUGGGCAUGGUGUGUUCGGAAAACGGCGUGUUGACGAUCACUCUUUCUGAUGUGCCAUUCUUCUUCGAGGUCGAAACGAAUAGAGGCGUCCAUGAUUUCGAUUUCAUUGCGCUGAGCCUAAAUGACCAACCACCUCCUGUUAAUGAGAGAAGACGACUUCGUGCCUGUGCUCUCAGCGAGGAACACGCCAAAAUCGUCGGGCAGUGCCUAGUGUACCAAUUCCAUGUCUCGCGGGAAGGGUUCGACGAAAAGACCGAACAACUCAAGGAGUGGGAUAUCACAAUGGUACGGAGUCGCAUUGUCACGGCGCCUGUCCCGACGGAGAAAGAAGCAAAACUUUCCAGCCAGAUUCAGGCUUUGCGAACAGUGCUAGGUAACUAUACAAGAUUCGCCUCCCUCCCCUUCGGCAUUCUAUUCCAGCUUCAAGCGCUAGCGUACAACGGCUACCUCCACCCGGCUACAGUGAUUGAGCUCACCAGAGCAAUCAUUGCGAUGACUAGGAAUGACAAGACGACCGGAAGAGCAUCGGUGUCCGUCGACGCAAUGAAGAAGCUCAUGGAAAUGAUCGGUUGGCCCUUUCCCCACGAGAACCCGAAGAACUUCGAAGUUAGCACCCUGAUAGAACAUCUAAGGACCAGCCAGAUGCAGAUUCAAAUGAAUAUGUCGUACAGAUACGGACUCUUCAAUCCGACCCCUAACCUGGCACGCAUCAAUCGAGUGACGGUGACUCCUACUCGUAUCACGCUGAGUGGACCCGAAAUCGAGCCGAUGAACAGAAUUCUAAGAAGGUUCCCUGAUCACCACGAGUAUUUUAUCCGCGUCCAAUUCAGCGAUGAAAAUGGCCAGGAUCUAUUCUUUAAUUCGAAUGUCAAUUACGACAAUGUGUUCAUACGAUUCAAAGAAGUGGUCACCCAUGGGAUUCAGGUAGCUGGGCGCACGUUCACGUUCCUAGGAUUCUCGCACUCUUCGUUGCGUUCUCAUUCCGUCUGGUUUGCAUCCCCUUUCAUCGAUCACAACGACCGUCUCCAAACAUACUUCAACAUCAUCAAUGGCCUCGGAAAUUUCUCGGCAAUAACCUCCCCAGCCAAAUGUGCCGCCAGAAUCGGCCAGGCAUUCUCCGAGACCCCGUUUGCCAUUUCGCUUCCCGAAAAUGGCAUCCAGCUCCGUAACAUUCCUGAUGUCAAGUCAGCAGAUGGAUCGCGAGUGUUCAGCGACGGAGUCGGGAGGAUCUCCCGUGAAGCUAUGGAGUUGAUAUGGGUAACAUUACCGGAGAACAAGGGAACCCCGACAUGUUUUCAGAUUCGCAUGGGUGGAGCCAAAGGCCUGCUUGCCCUGGACAGCGAUCUUCCCGGCUGCGUGGUCGAGAUGCGGCCAUCCAUGAUCAAGUUCGAUAGCAGAGACAUGGACAAUCUGGAGAUCUGCAAGAUGUCAUCAGAGCCACACGGUCUGGUCCUCAACCGGCAAUUGAUAAAAAUUCUCGAGGAUAUGGGCGCGCCUGAGGCAUGGUUUAUGGACCUACAAGGAGAGGCGUUGCAUCAGAUUCGCUCUGUUACAACCAGCACCGACAAGACUGCCACCUUCCUGCGCGACAAGGGUAUUGCAGACACCAUCAAGCUGCAUCGCCUUUUUCGACAAUGCUACUGGCUGAGUCUGGAUUACAAAAAGGACGGCUUUCUCCGCUCUCUGGUUGAACAUGUCGUGCUACGGGAACUGCGCGUCCUGAAGCACAAGGCACGUAUCCCGGUCCCAAAGGGAAUGACAUUGUACGGAAUCAUGGAUGAGACAGGGUUCCUGAAGGAGGGUGAGGUUUACGUGACAUAUGAUACUUUGGAAGGUAAACUUGCUUUGCCUCCUCCUCCGGGGAAAGUUCUAGUGACGCGCUCACCUGCGCUCCACGACGGAGACGUUCAGUUUGGUAUCAAUACAGUUCCACCCUCACGCCAUCCGCUUCGAGCGCUGAGAAACUGCGUUGUUUUCAGCCAAAAGGGACAGAGAGACUUGCCUAGCCAGUUGAGUGGAGGUGAUCUGGACGGUGAUCUCUAUCAUGUCAUCUGGGAUAAAGCUCUUAUUUCUAAGCUUCAGUCCUUCAAGCCCGCCGACUAUCCGCGGGUGGAAGCGGUGGAUAUUAGGCGAGCUGUGACCGUUGGAGACAUGGCCAAUUUCUUCAUUGACUUCAUGAAGACCGACCAUCUGGGAGUUAUCGCCACGAAGCACAUGGUUGUGGCCGAUCAACAGCCUCUUGGAACCAGCGACGCUCUCUGUCGAAAGCUAGCAGAGAUGCACUCUACCGCCGUGGAUUUCUCAAAAUCGGGAAUACCUGUGAAUAUGAAAGACAUUCCUCGAAUGAACAAUUACCGUCCGGAUUUCUUAGCACCGGGUCCUCGAGUCAGUCUCCAAGGAAGAACACGGAUCAAUUUCGACGAGCUUGUCUCCCAUCCGGCGUUCAAUGACGAUGAUGACAUGGAAGAGCGUCGAAUGUAUUACCGAUCGGACAAAAUUCUAGGAAGGUUAUAUCGGGCGGUGGACGAAGGACAUAUUUGGUACGGAGAUAUCAUCUCGAAAUGCAAGCUGGAUGAGGGUCCAUUCUGGAACGCGUUCAUUGCGGACUGUACAUCGCGGUGCAAUUCUGUGGGACGAGGCGGCUGCAAGCAACUUGCAGGCGAAGCAAGCCGUCUCCGAGCAGCGUACGAAGAUGCGGUUAUCGCCGCGAUGAACGGCUAUUCCGAUCACCCGACAACUCCUAUCACCGAGAUGGAAGUCGUGACAGGUUGUCUGGUAAGCGGGACUGGAAUGUUGAGUCGCAGACAAAGAGAUCAAUCCAUAAAACUGAAUGAUGAAUACGCACGAAUCUGCGAAUGGGUCACCAACCACAUGCGUCGACAAGGUCUAGGCUAUGAAAACGGAGAAUCUUUCGUCUCCGACGGACUCGAGUUUUGCUUGGCUUGCGUUCAUGAAGGCAUGGAGCUCGUGAUCACGCGCCGCAGUCAUUAUUACAGAGACAUGAACAGCUUUAGGGUUGUGGCAGCAUGUGCUCUGCUGGCCGAGAUGGAUGUGGUCGGACUGUUCAACAGAACGAAAUAA